CUCUUCAAAUUCAAACCGAAACCCUAAUAAAAAAGUACCGUUGCAGGUUUCCCAUUUAGCCGGCCGCAGCAUCAGCUUUUCAUAUUGACCUCCCCCUCCAUCCCUAUCCGUUUCUCUCUGAUUCUUCUGCAAUUCCAUUUGUGUUUCCAAAAAGUUCCAUUGAUUUUGGUAUUCCAAGUGUUGGCCGAGAGAGAGAGAGUAUGGGAGCUUACUGCAACGACGACCUCCUUCUCUCCCCGAAUUCCUACUCUUUUGCUCCCUCGUCGCACGAUCUCAGAUUCACCAAGCAGCUCCAUGACAACGUCCACGGAAACAUUUAUCUUGAUCCGCUCUUUCUGAAGUUCAUAGAUACUGAAGAAUUUCAAAGGCUUCGUGAUCUUAAACAACUUGGUAUGGCACACAUGGUUUAUCCAGGGGCUGUGCAUUCUAGGUUUGAACAUUCUCUUGGAGUGUAUUGGCUUGCUGGUCAGGCUGUUCACAAACUGAAAACUCAAGGUUUGGAGCUUGGCAUUGAUCGCUUUGAUGUACAAACUGUGAAACUUGCAGGGCUGUUGCAUGACAUAGGGCAUGGGCCUUUCAGUCAUUUAUUUGAAAGGGAGUUUCUUCCUCAGGUUCUCAACGGCUAUAAAUGGUCUCAUGAGCAAAUGUCAGUGAAAAUGGUUGACCAUAUUGUUGACAAACACCAUAUUGAAAUUGACUCUGAGGCCAUCAGAAGAGUUAAGGAAAUGAUACUUGCUAGCUCUGAGUUUGCUUCACCCAAAAGCACAAGGGAGAAGCAUUUCUUAUAUGAUAUUGUUGCAAAUGGUAGAAAUGGAAUUGAUGUUGACAAGUUUGAUUACAUCAUCCGUGAUUGUCGAGCUUGUGGCCUUGGAUGCAACUUUCAGUUUCAACGGUUAAUGGAAACAAUGCGAGUUAUAGGUGAUGAGAUCUGUUAUCGUGCUAAAGAGUAUCUUACUAUCCACAAGUUAUUUGCCACUCGUGCUGAUCUGUAUAGAACAGUCUACACACAUCCCAAAGUAAAGGCAAUAGAGAUCAUGAUCGUAGAUGCUUUGUUGAAAGCAAAUGAUUACCUGGACAUUGCAUCUCAUGUUCAGGAUCCUUCUCAGUACUGGAAGUUAGAUGAUACGAUACUAAAAACAAUUGAGAUAGCUCCAGAUCAAGAAUUAAGGGAAGCUAGAGAUUUGAUCCUGCGCGUUCGCAGGAGGGACUUGUACCAGUUCUGUAAUGAGUAUACAGUUCCUAAAGACACAGUUGAAAAUUUCAAAGAUGUUACAGCACAGGAUAUUGUUUGCUCACAGAAAACUAGUGGAGUCAUUUUAAGAGAGGAAGAUGUUGCCAUUUGCAAUGUCAGGAUUGAUUUGACACGUGGGAGGCUUAAUCCUCUUGAGAGCAUCAAUUUUUUUAAGGACUAUGACAGUGAGGAGAAGUUCUCGAUUCCUGAUGAUCGCAUCAGCCACUUGCUCCCAACAUCUUAUCAAGAUAUGAUAGUGAGGGUGUACUCGAAGAAGCCAGAGCUGGUAGGAGCAAUUUCCGAGGCUUUUGAAAAUUUUCAGCUGAAAACGUACGGAAUCAAACCACAGGUGCAUGCGACCCCAGAAAAGAAAAAACGGCGCAUGUGAGGUCUCAAAUUCAAAUUGGAGUAUUACUGCAAAGUUGCCGGCUUUUCUUGAAGGACGUACUGCAUUAUAUAUAUAUAUAUAUAUGUAUGUGUGUGUGUGUUGAAUCUCAAUACCAUCGAGCCUUUCUAUUCAACUGUGUGGGUAUUUUGCAUAGUAAAAGUUUUCUGAAGUAUUACUUUUGGAGUUGGUGUGAUUGUCCAUCUCGUAAGUGUAGCCAUUAAACCCUUUUUUGUUCCAUAGUUUUCUAGAAAGCUUAGGGGGUGUUUGGCCUAAUGGUUUGAUCUGUUAUAGGCUUCGUAUGCGGUUUGAUUGCUUAUAAGCUAUUAGUUUAGCAUAUAAGCUAUCAAGCUUAUUUUUUUACA